AUGAUCCUUCCGCAGGUUCACCUACGGAAACCUUGUUCACAAAACUUCCCUAGGCAAAACCGACGAAUCGGAAAAGCCACGGUCCGAAUAAUUCACCGGAUCACUCGAUCGGUAGGAGCGACGGGCGGUGUGUACAAAGGGCAGGGACAAUUGCAAAAAUCAAUCCCCGACACGAUGCACACUAAAGAUUACCCAACCCUUUCGGGACAGGACAAACUCGAUGGAUGCAUCAGUGUAGCGCGCGUGCAGCCCAGGACAUCUAAGGGCAUCACAGACCUGAGUCCCUCUAAGAAGCAAACGAGGACGAAAUCCAAGCAGCUAGUUAGCAGGUUAAGGUCUCGUUCGUUAACGGAAUUAACCAGACAAAUCACUCCACCAACUAAGAACGGCCAUGCACCACCACCCAAAGAAUCAAGAAAGAGCUAUCAAUCUGUCAAUCCUUACUCUGUCUGGACCUGGUGA